AUGGGUCUCGUCACAACACAUCUCAUCAAAGGCGUCGCUGCAGGCAUUGGCCUAGCCUCAGAGGGACUAGCCGCCCGCAAAGCAAAGAGAACGCAAAAAGCUCUUGACGAGGACUCAAAUGGGUCAACAACUACAACAAAUAUUACCAUGGAGUCGCGUGAGAUUCUAGAGCUUGACAGGCAUACAACAUCGACAUAUGACCCAAUUUACGAGCUUCCUACUUCAGACAACCACCAAAAUACCCCACAGAACCCGCCACCAAACAACGAACCAGUCGAUGAAACAGCCCUCGUGACACAAUUUGCAAGCCAUUAUCCGAUCCCGGUCGAGCCCAGCCUGUCAGAAGUGGUCCACCGGUUACCGGCCCCAGUCCUCCUCCCACAACGCAGACCUAAGAACCGAGAUCGUGGCUUUCUUCGUGCCUAUGCACCCGAUCUAGCACCAUGCGGCAUCGACCAGGAAAUGUUCAUCGAAUUCCUCAACACGGCUGAGAAAGGUUGUCGGGCGCACAGGUGGUUGCAGGCUAUCAAUCUGGCAGCCAUUGCAGGGCACGCCGUCCCGUCUUUACUGGCGAUUGCAGUGGGAGUUGCCAUCCACCAGAUUGCGAACUUGUCAAUUGCGGCUGAUGGUCGCCGAAGAGCAAAUAAUUUCUUUAAUCAGGCGAAUGAAGAAUUCUUCAAGCCCCGUGGUCUAUAUUGCCUUGUCAUGACUUGGUAUCCUGAGGACCCGGAUAUCCCAGCCAUGUCAAUGGAUCUUCAGUCCACCAUAGCAAAAGCCACCUUCGGAGCUGACUCGACUGUGCUUGGAUCAAGCUCACUGGGGAGUUUAGAGCGUAAAUUCAAGAGGUCUGAUGGAAAGACAUUUGGAAAUGUGUUCUCAGAAGUUGCGCCGCUGGUCUUUCCUGAGCCGGAAACGCUGGGUAACCAACUUGAUCCGGAAGAAAAGUUCUAUAAGGUCAAGAAGAAGAGAGAUUUUAUUCAUGGGUACUUGGAUAAGAGAGCUCAGGCUACUUUUGAAGCUGAGAAUCCUAAUAGUCACCUGAAUCAGCGGCCGAAGCCUACCUUUGCUUCGCGCUUUGCUGAUCCUAAUCAUCCUGCGAGUAGUGGCGAUCUACUUGCUUUGCUUUCAGGUGGCUAUAUUAGCAGGAGUGGUCCUGGUGAGAGGAAGGCUGGUGAUGACAGUAUUAUCCGUACCGUCAUAUCUACAGGUUCCAAGAUGUUUGAAUCGAAAGCAUUGUAUUUGGCGAUUGUAAAUCUUCCUUCUGAGGAUGAAAUGAAGCAAGCACGAUCGGUGCUGGGUAUAUAG